CUAAGUUGGCGCUGUAGACACGGAGACCGUUGCACCACGACCCUCACGUCCGUGCUUCGACUUCGCCGCCGCUUCGCCUACGGUCCCGACUUCGCGGUGCUUCGCUCGACUCCUCGUCACCCAUGGGCAAUGACGUGUCGUGUGUGGACGUCCUGCGCAACACGCCGUUCGCGAUGUUCCUCAGUCCCGAAGUUGUCCAAGACAUUUCGGUGUGCUUCACCCCCAUCAAGUUCAAACCUGGCGCCACGAUUGCCUUUACAAAGCAGGAAUUCCUCAUCGUGGCGCGGGGCAGCGUCGACGUGAGCACGAUCUUGCCGCACGCGCAGAAAAAGGUCAAAGUCAUGGAGCUUCUUUGCAAGAAGCGGGUCGGCGACAUCGUAACCCAUUGCGCCACGCGGACGAGUCGCAGCAAGCUCCAUCGCAAAAGCUACAUUGAACAACACGAGCGCAGAUACUCUGGCGGCAAGAAAUUCGCGCUCAUGCUGGAUCUCGUCACGGUGACUGCCGACCCUGCCGACGGAUGCGUCUUGCUGCGGCUAAAUCGCGACAAAUUUGUCCGAGUGCGAGCGCUGCACAUGAUGCACCGCCCCAACGUCACGACGCAAUUUUCCAUUAAUAAAGCAACGCGCACUGCCGAGGACGAUUGGCGCCUCGUCACCACUGUCGCAGACGACCAGAUCGCAGAUUACUUGGCGGGCGUCCCAUUUUUCUCGGACGUCAAGAGCUCCCGCCUCGUGGCCCUUGCAGGGCUAUGCACGUACAUGGUUGCUCGAAAAGACGAAGUCGUUUGCAAGGAAAACGACUUGGGCGACAAGUUUUACAUUUGCAUCACGGGCGUGCUUGCCGUGACCGUCGAGAAUGACGUGGAUGCCGUGCCGAAGGUCUCCCAUCGGUCCAUGUCGAUCGUGGCUGGGUCCCAGUUUCGGCGGAGCGUCGAUAGCCACCGCCCGUCCGUGUCGAUGAGCCAGGUCCUGAUUCGCCGCAUCGCGGACGGCAGCUACUUUGGCGAGAUCUCGCUUAUCCUCAACAUGAAGCGCAGCGCGACGGUGACGGCCGUCGACGACUCGCUUCUCGUGUAUAUCGACGCUCGUGCAUUUCGAAACUUCCUUAAAGUGUGCCCCGACGUCCGCAUGCAGAUUGAACAAGUGAUCAUCAGUCGGCUGCUUCAGAUCGCCAGCAAAUCCUCCACCGCAACCUUCCUCGCCGCCAUGUCCAUGGAAAACCAUCAACGGCUUGCUCAACUUGGCCAGCUCCUCGAAGUUGCAAGGGGCACGAAAUUGAUCGUCCACCACGACGACCCUGUGUUUUACAUUGUCCUGAACGGCAAAGUCGAAGUCGACUACGAUCUGCCGAGUGGCCACUUGUUUGUGGCCCUCGGGCCCGGCGGGUACUUGAACGAGCUGUCCAUGAUCCUGCAGACGGGGAGCCUGAUCCAGGCCACGGUCCGAGAAGACAGCGUCCUCCUCGCGCUGCACUCGAUCCAAUUUCACAUGUUUUUCAGCACGCUGCCCGAAUUUUUUGCCGAGUUCUCGCUCCGAUACUUGCAACACGAUGCGUCGCUCGAGCACGUCAUUAACCACUACGACGCGCACGAACUGUGGCUCGUGUACCUCGAAGGCCGGCCCGACAGCUACGAAGAGCGCAUUCGGCACAUCACGAACGGCGUGCUAUUCUGUGAAGAUGCGGACGAGUUUACGAUGUCCUGUGAGUCGCUCUCGCGCGAAGCCCGCGUUGAACAAGCAAAGCAAGUGGUCGAGAUGUAUUUUGACAAGGGCUGCGAGAGACCUGUCGCACUGUCACGUUCCCUGCGUGAAGAUAUCUACGCUGCCAUCGAAGCUUCGUCCAUCGAUGACACACUGUUUUCCCAUGCGCGGCGCGAGAUCAUCGAUCUCAUGGACGCGUCUGUCCUGGCCGACUUCAAGCGGUCAACCAAGUUUGCAUCCGUUCUGACCAAGCUCGUCUGCCUCCCAGACAUCCCAGUUCACCUGUCCUCGGCCAUGAAGGCCCAUUUGAACUUUCACGUGUUCAAGCAUCGGCCAUCCCAUGCUGUCACGAACAACUACGCAUGGGUGAGCGCGACCCCACGAUAAAGCACCAGCCUUGACGAUUGAAUGCGAUAUCUAUGUAAAUUACUCGACGAUGGUUAUUACGAGCCAGCUCGUGUGCUUGAGCCACGACUUUUCCAGCUGCCACGUGAUGUGGCGGUCGCGAAAACAUGGCCGUCGGUUCACUCGUGCGAUCUGCCGCGCCGCGCACUUCUCCGCCUCGCUGACUUGCCCCCAUGCACAGUAGAGCGACAAACCCAGCGUGCAGAUGCAGCAGCCAUAGCUCGUGGACCAACAUGGCACGCACGGCCACAAGUCGUGGAGCGCUUGAUUUAUCGUUUCCAAAGCUUUGUCAAAGUCCUCUUUGCUCAUGUACACUUCGAUUUCGGGAGGGAAUGUCGACGUGUCGUACUCAUUCGAAAGGCCAUUUACCCAGACAUCUCCAACGGCGGGGAUGCGGCAGAGUUCCUUGCAGUUCGCCUCCGGUGCCAGGGACACUGACGCCUCUGCGGCGUCCAUGUUGAAUUUGCAGAGAU